UAAGAUCAGUUACUACAUCGACUCUUAGCUGUCGGAUAAAGUAACUUCUCUCUCAUCCGAAGAGAAAAUUAUUGAAACUUUAUUUUUUUACAUAUUUCUCUAAAACUAAUCUCCAUCAGUAAAAAUGCGUGAGUGUAUCUCCAUCCACGUGGGUCAGGCUGGCGUCCAGAUUGGCAAUGCCUGCUGGGAGCUCUACUGUCUGGAGCAUGGGAUCCAGCCGGACGGUCAGAUGCCCAGUGACAAGACCAUUGGAGGAGGAGACGACUCCUUCAAUACUUUCUUCAGUGAGACUGGAGCUGGCAAGCACGUCCCCAGGGCUGUGUUUGUGGAUCUGGAGCCCACUGUCAUUGAUGAGGUGCGCACAGGAACUUACCGACAGCUCUUCCACCCUGAGCAGCUGAUCACUGGGAAGGAGGAUGCAGCCAACAACUAUGCACGUGGGCAUUACACCAUUGGUAAAGAAAUCAUCGACUUGGUUUUGGACAGGACCCGCAAACUGGCUGACCAGUGCACUGGCCUCCAGGGCUUCCUGGUUUUCCACAGCUUCGGAGGUGGCACUGGUUCUGGUUUCACCUCCCUGUUGAUGGAACGCUUGUCUGUUGACUACGGAAAGAAGUCCAAACUUGAGUUCUCCAUCUACCCAGCUCCCCAGGUGUCCACUGCUGUUGUUGAGCCCUAUAAUGCCAUCCUGACCACCCACACCACCCUGGAGCACUCUGAUUGUGCUUUCAUGGUAGACAAUGAGGCCAUCUAUGACAUCUGCCGAAGGAACCUUGAUAUUGAGCGUCCCACCUACACCAAUCUUAACAGGUUGAUUAGCCAGAUUGUGUCCUCCAUCACUGCUUCCCUCCGAUUUGAUGGUGCCCUCAAUGUUGAUCUGACAGAGUUCCAGACCAACUUGGUGCCCUACCCCCGUAUCCACUUCCCCCUGGCCACCUAUGCCCCAGUGAUCUCGGCAGAGAAGGCUUACCAUGAGCAGCUCUCAGUGUCUGAGAUCACAAAUGCUUGCUUUGAGCCAGCCAAUCAAAUGGUGAAAUGUGACCCACGUCACGGCAAGUACAUGGCCUGCUGUUUGCUGUACCGUGGCGACGUUGUGCCCAAAGAUGUCAAUGCUGCCAUUGCCACCAUCAAAACAAAACGCUCCAUCCAGUUUGUAGACUGGUGCCCAACUGGUUUCAAGGUUGGUAUCAACUACCAGCCCCCAACUGUGGUACCUGGUGGAGAUCUGGCCAAGGUCCAGAGGGCAGUGUGCAUGCUUAGCAACACCACUGCUAUUGCAGAGGCCUGGGCCCGACUUGACCACAAGUUUGAUCUGAUGUACGCCAAGCGUGCCUUUGUGCACUGGUACGUAGGUGAGGGUAUGGAGGAGGGAGAGUUCUCUGAGGCCAGGGAGGACAUGGCUGCCCUGGAGAAAGAUUAUGAGGAGGUAGGCGUCGACUCCAUUGAGGGAGAGGGAGAGGAGGAGGGAGAGGAGUAUUAACGUGAAGUGAAUCGAUUCACCCUAGUCAAAUCACUAGCAUGCUUAUCACUGGUUAGAAGUUUAUAUGGCUUAGCUUUCCUUAUUAGUGUUGGAAAUUGCUAGCAAGCACAGUCACACAUCAUAGAUAGGGCGGCAGGUAGCCUAGCGGUUAAGAGUGUCUAGGUGAAAAAAUAAUAUGUCAAUGUGCCCUUGAGCAAGGCACUUAACCCUAAUUGCUCUGGAUAAGAGAGGAUGCUAAAUGACUAAAAUGUAAAUGUCAUGUUGUCCGUUGGCACCGAAAAUGGUUAAGGAAAUGUUCUGUAGUUGUGUUCAGGGAAUGUUAUGGUGUUGCAAUGGUUUUACUUUUUACAGUUUUACACUGUAGCUUUCUGUCUUUGACUUUGAUAUGCAAUAAAAUACUUUACCUUUUUUUUUUUUUUACAAAAUUCCAUGGAGCUUCAUCAGCUUCACUCACCAGGAGUUAUCACAGUAUUUCCCAAAAAUAAAUAAUUUGAUUAUUGCAGUGUAAUAACCAUGUACGUACAUAUUGUUACAUAGUUCUACAACUAUCUGUUUGUGUAAUUACACAUGGGCAACUUAUAUGCAUAUAGAGUCGCACACAAUUUAUAUGCAUAUAUUUGGCUAACAUUUUUUACUUGCAGCAACGUUAUGCUCUUUUCUAGCAGCUUUACAAAAUAUUUCAUGCUGCAUUCUGAGAAAUGUCAACAGAAUCAAAACAAUCAAGAAUUAAAUGAACAUUUGAAUGCAA